AAUAGUAUUAGAAGAUGUCAAGAAAAAAGAAUUAUAUAUUCUAUGUUUAGAACAAGAAUUAAUUAAUCUUGAAAAUGAAAUAAAUUGGUUAAAAAUCAGAAUACAUGAAAUAUGUUCACAUAGGAAUAUAUUAGAAGAUAAUACAGAUAUAAUCCAAAGGUUAUCACAACCAUUUGCAAUAGAAAUUAGGCAAAAUUAUGAUGAUAUCCAAAAACAUCUAGGUGAUAUUAAAUUAUAUUUUCAAAAUCGAAUUCAAGUACCUUUUAGUUGA